UCUCUCCAGCCUGUCUGCAUGAACUUGAGGAUGAUGUGGGCCUGGGCACUGUGGAUGCUUCCUCUACUUUGCAGAUUCAGCCUGGCAGUUCUGCCAGCUAAGCCUGAGAACAUUUCUUGUGUCUUCUACUAUAAGAAAAAUUUUACUUGCACAUGGAAUCCAGAAAAAGAAGCCAAUUUUACAUGGUACAAAGUUAAGAGAACUUACUCUUAUGGACAGAAAAAUGAUAUUUGUAAUUCUACAAGUGAAAAAGGGGCUUCGUGCUCUUUUUUUCUUCCAAGUAUAACAAACCCAGAUAAUUACACCAUUCAAGUGGAAGCCCAAAAUUCAGAUGGUAUAACUGAAUCUGAUAUAACACACUGGCGCUUAGAUAACAUAAUAAAAAUCGAACCACCUAACAUUUGCAGUGUGGAACCAGUUUUGGGCAUCAAAAGAAUGAUUCAAAUAAAAUGGAAAAGGCCUGUGUUGGCGCCUGUUUCAUCCAUUUUAAAAUACAUACUUCGAUUCAGAACAGUAAAUAGUACCGGCUGGAUGGAAGUCAACUUCACCAAAGAUAUCGACAGAGACGAAACAUACAACCUCACAGGGCUUCAGGCUUUUACAGAGUAUGUCAUAGUUCUGCAAUGUGCAGCUGAGGACUCAAGGUUCUGGAGUGGCUGGAGCCAAGAAAAAAUGGGAACAACUGAGGAAGAAGCUCCACUUGGCCUGGAUCUGUGGAGAGUUUUGAGACCAGCCAAGGUGGAUGGAAGAAGGACAGUGAAACUGUUGUGGAAGAAGGCAAAAGGAGCCCCAGUCCUGGAAAAAACACUUGGCUACAACAUAUGGUACUUUCCAGAAAACAACACUAACCUCACAGAGACAACGAACACCACUAACCAGCAACUUGAACUGUACCUGGGAGAUAAGACCUAUUGGGUGUCUGUGAUUUCUUAUAAUUCUCUUGGAGAGUCUCCAGUGACCGCCCUGAGGAUUCCGGCUAUUGAUGAAAAGCCAUUUCAGUGCAUCGAGGCCAUGCAGGCCCGCCUCACUCAGGACCAGCUGGCGGUGGAGUGGCGAAGCUCCACUCCGGAGGUGGACGCAUGGAUGGUUGAGUGGUUCCCAGAUUUGGACUCAGAGCCAUCCACCUUUUACUGGGAAUCUGUGUCUCAGGCCAGGAACUGGACAAUCCAGCAAGAUAAAUUACAACCUUUCUGGUGCUAUAACAUCUCUGUGUAUCCAAUAUGGCAAGACCAAGUGGGCAAGCCAUAUUCCAUCCAGGCUUAUGUCAAAGAAGGCGUUCCGUCAUCAGGUCCUGUGACCAAAGCGGAGAACAUUGGUGUGAAGACAGUCACAAUCGCAUGGAAAGAGAUUCCCAAAAGUCAGAGAAAUGGUUUCAUUAGCAACUACACAAUAUUUUACGAAGCCGAGGAUGGAAAAAAAUUCUCCAAGACAGUCAACUCCAGCAUCCUGCAGUAUGACCUGGAGUCCCUGACACGAAAGACCUCUUACACUGUUCAGGUCAUGGCCAGUACCAGUGCUGGGGGAACCAACAGCACCCGAAUAAACUUCAAGACAUUGUCAAUUAGUGUCCUUGAGAUUGGCCUUAUAACUUCUCUGAUUGGAGGAGGCCUCCUUAUUCUUAUCAUCCUGACGAUGGCAUAUGGUCUCAAAAAACCCAACAAAUUGAAGCACCUUUGUUGGCCUGAUGUCCCCAACCCUGCUGAAAGCAGUAUUGCCACAUGGCAUGGAAAUGAUUUCAAGGAUAAGCUAAAUCUGAAUGGAAUUGAUGACUCUCUGAACAUGGAAGGAGACAGGAUUCUAAAACCAUGUUCUGCCCCCAGAGACCUUAUUGACAAGUUGGUGGUGAACUUUGAGAAUUUUCUGGAAGAGGUUUCCACAGAGGAAUCUGGAAAGUGUCAGGAAAACAUUCUGGGAGGGGAAAAGAAUGAGUACGUGACUUCCCCCUACAGGCCUUAUUGUUCUCUCGGGAAGACUUUCACAGAGCCUCCCAUUUCAACCGAGGCUCUCCCCCAAAAACCCCAGUACCUGUGCUCUGGAAUGCCAGAGGAGGUCUGCUCAGAAGCUGGAGAGCAACCUCUCUCUUCUGCUCAAAGUUUGGGGCCUGACCACCUCUGUGAGGACGGCACACCAAACCCUUAUCUGAAAAAUUCGCUGGCAACCAGAGAAUUUCUCAUGUCUGAACAACUUCCAGACCAAACCAAGUGA